AUGUACCAGGUAGUCGAUCCUAGUGGGACAAAACACGUGACUGGCGAGCACGGAGUACAAGAGGAGAUUAUGCGCUCGAGCAUUUCUCCACCACCAUCUACCUCGCAAUCACCUAUCCAGAUCGACCAAGGUACUAGACAAGCGAGUCCUUCACCCUCUACGGUUUCUGAUGAAGAUGCGCAUUCAAUUUCUCGCAAAGUUUUCAUUGGAGGACUUCCGCAAGAUAUUAGCAAAGAAGCGUUGCUGCAGAAGUUCAGCACUUAUGGUCGUGUUCAUCUUGACUUCCCAUCAGAGCCUACCCACCCUCCAAGAACGAAGAAAGCAGAUCGUAAGUUCAGUACGUCCGGAUAUGUGUUUGUGGUUUAUGAUUGCGAAGAAGCGGUUCUGAACCUACUAAGGAGUUGUAUUAAAUUCGAAGAAAACUUCUUCAUGCUGUUCACUGAAGGCUCCAUUAUUCCAAAGUUGGCACAAGUGCGUCCGUGGUAUUUAAGUUCUAUUGCUCAUAUCCCGGAUUCUGAUGCAAAAAUUGAUCCACGUCUCACAGUGUUCAUCGGUGGUGUACCUCGUCCAUUAGCAGCACAAGAACUUGCAUCUCUCCUAGUAAAGAAGUUUGGAAAGCUGGUGUACUGCGAAAUUGACGUGGACCCGGACUUGUUCUAUCCAAAAGGAGCUGCAAGAGCAGUCUUCGCUUCUUAUAGCGGCUACGUCAAAGCUAUCCAAACCCGAUACCUGCAGAUCCCCAAUUUUGAAUUCAACAAGCGGGUCAGUUUCAGCCGAGUGUACACAAGUAUAUGUGCUUGA